CUCUUGCAUCUAGAAUGAUUAAUUUUAAUCUCUCUUUCUCUUGCAUCUAGAAUCCCUAUUCUUUCUUUAGUUUCUUUGUUGACUAAAAAAUCUCUCCUACGUCUAAUGGUUGAGAGAAAUUUGGCCAUUUCUAGUUCACAACUAUGCCCUUGGACCGAUCCAAGCUGUGGCUCUAAAGGGCCUAUGGAGAGAUUCGGAACUCUGGUUUCUUGGUGUUUCAUUCACUUGGUUUUUGUAAUUUUAGCAUAUUUGUUCCUUAAUUCCUGUUACAUAGAAUCGCGACUUCUUGUUCUAAACCUUGUAUAUUUUGUUAAAGGUCAUUCUAUUGUUUAUGAAGAACAUUUUGGGACCUCGAGGACAUUUUGGCUCAUUUAAUCUUGUUUUCUCUCUCUUGUACAUGGUGCUACCUCCUUGGUUCCCUUGCUUAUAAUUUCCUUUUGGCAGUCAAAAUGGUUUGCUAGGUGGAGUAGUUGUUGGAGUAAGGAAUUUGCUGCCCCUUUGCAUUAUCAUUGAAGUGGGGCUUGGGUUUUCGUUGUUAAAAACCUUGAAAAUCACACUAUUGAAUUUUCAUGAGCUUGUGUUAAUGUUUGGUCUGUGGUGGUGCGACAUCUCAUUUUCCUGGCCAUAACAAGGGUCUGGGAGUUCAAAGUAGAAGGUGACCUUAAGUGAGGAAAGAAGCUCGAAUUAUGCAUAUUAGCUGGAGGUUAACUUAGGGUAAUCAAAUAUGUCCCGAAGAUAUGAUAGCCGUACAACAAUCUUCUCCCCAGAAGGUCGCCUAUACCAAGUUGAAUACGCCAUGGAGGCCAUAGGAAAUGCUGGUUCUGCUAUUGGAAUACUAGCAAAAGAUGGUGUUGUUUUGGUCGGUGAAAAGAAGGUUACAUCCAAACUCUUGCAAACCUCAACAUCCACCGAGAAGAUGUACAAGAUCGAUGAUCAUGUUGCUUGUGCUGUUGCUGGAAUAAUGUCUGAUGCCAACAUCCUAAUCAACACGGCUAGGGUCCAAGCCCAACGCUACACUUAUGCCUACCAAGAGCCAAUGCCCGUCGAGCAGCUAGUUCAAUCUCUCUGUGACACCAAGCAAGGAUAUACUCAGUUUGGUGGUCUGCGUCCCUUUGGCGUUUCUUUUCUCUUUGCUGGAUGGGACAAAAACUAUGGCUUCCAACUAUAUAUGACCGAUCCCAGUGGAAACUACAGUGGAUGGAAAGCUGCAGCCAUUGGAGCAAACAAUGCAGCUGCACAAUCAAUGCUUAAACAGGACUACAAGGAUGAUAUGACAAGGGAGGAGGCGGUUCAGCUUUCAUUGAAGGUCCUUAGCAAGACCAUGGACAGCACGAGUCUUACUGGUGAAAAGCUUGAGUUGGCCGAGGUGUUUCUCACUCCAGCUGGGCAGGUGAAGUAUCAGGUUUGCCCUCCUGAUUCUCUCAACAAGUUGCUUGUGAAGUCUGGAGUGACCCAGUCUGCUGCUGAAAGCUCUUAAGAUUGUCCUAUGCUAUUUCUAAUGCCAACAAUAGGAAAUCUAUUCUUCUGAUGCUUUGUAGCCAAAUAGAAUUGCAAAUGCUUUGUGUUGAAAUACUAGAGAAUGAUGUUAUUCUUGAAUAUUGAUCUUUGAAAGUUUCUGUUUGUCCUAGUUUCUUCCAAGUAGCAAUGGAAUUUGUUUGUGUUUGAUACAAA